GCAGCAGGCAGUGUGUCAGAGGGACGGCACCUGGUCGCACCCGCUUCCCAGGUGCUUCGGUAUGUAUGCCUCCAGACGGCUCGCUCCCUCCCGAAUGAUGCUCGCCACGCCUGCUGCAUCUCGUCCAAAGUCAGCCUCCGCAUUGCGAGUCGAUUCUGCAUGACAUACAUAAUCACAUUUGCCUAGAGUAUCGUAUUCGAAUACAUAUGUAUAUCUCUGCACCUCGAGCUUACGUCGCGUGGGAGGAAAGUAAGGUGUAUGCGAGUGGUUUCCCUUUGACAACAUGGACAUGCUCAGUCUCUGUAUGGGUCUUGACGCUCAGUUGCAUGAAGUCUAUAGCUCUGUUGCAAGAAAGAUCGGGUCCGUGGUUCCUCCAGGGUAAUCCUCCGGGAAGACUGGUAGAGUGACUUUUUUUUGGGUUUCUCCUUUCCUUUCCAUACUUAUUUUUUUCUCUUCUUAUUUCCUAGCAUGACAUUACUGUGGUUGAUAAGCUAUGUCAGAGCGCACGGAAAUGGGGUGCUGGCGAAGAGGUGAGUGAGAGGGCACGCGUGAGUGAGCCGCCCGGGUUAUAUCCCCAGAGAUCAACUGCGGUCACCCGGGCCACCUCCCCAACGGCUGGCUGGAGAACAUCGAGCAAGGCACUGCCCUCGGCUCCUCCAUCAUCUUCCGCUGCUUCGCCAACAUGACUAUCGAGGGCGACCAGUCUACCGUCUGCCAGGCCGACGGCACCUGGAGCAAACCUCUGCCCAAGUGCCUGGCGCCGUGCAUCGUGCCCACCAUUGAGCACGGGCGCCUCAAGAACCGGACGCUGGCGGGGGCGCUGGUCACCCACGGCAGCGUCAUCGAGGUGGACUGCGACGAACGCUUCGAGCUCGCCUACAGCCUGGCGCCCUCGCUCUGCUACAACGGGACGUGGACGCACUACCCUCGAUGCCAGCCCGCUCGGUGCAAGAAGCUGCCUCCUCGACCUCGGCAUGGCAUGGUCAUAGCCCCGAGAACCGACCAUGGCAUGUGGGCACGGUACCGCUGCAGGGACGGCUACCAGCUGCACGGCAACGCAACCACCAAAUGCAAGUAUGGCAACUGGACGGGCAGCACCCCCACCUGCGUCGAAGUGUACUGUCCGUUCCCCGGCGAAGUCGCAAACGGCCGCGUGCUGUUGGUGGGUAACAUGGGCAUGUACGACUACCGUUCUUACGUCAAGAAGGUCCGGAACAAUCGGCAGAUCCGCUACGACUGUGACCGCGGUUAUUACCUGGUGGAGGGGCCGCCCGGAGCCACCUGCGUCGCCGGCCAGUGGAGCCCCAAGGAAAUGCCAAGAUGCGACCCCGACCUUCACCCGAGGAUCCGCUGGGUCAAGAGGUCAGUCGACAGCCGCGAAUACGAGGAGAUCCGAAACCAGACGAUUGGCGAAAGCCGCGCCGAGUCUACCGGAGGCGACGCGUCGGACCAGGCUCCCGCGAGCGACGACAACCGCAUGUUCGUCGCGGGCCCGAAGGAACGGCCACGGAAGCCAGCGAGGGGCCAGGCCCAGGACCCCAUCAUCAACGAGCACGAGAGAGUCAGGCCGUUCACCUUCAAGGUGAACUCGAAGCCAAUGGAGGCCGUGAGCACCAGCACGGCGCCACCGCCCCGAACCACAAAGCCGACGACAAGCACUACCCCAGGCACGGCCGCCCCGACGCCAGCGAGAACAACGAGCGAAGCCCCGAGGAAGGUUGCCCGGGACGCCCUUGAGGUGGGGAAGAAGCUAAAGAGUCCCCUUUACGACUUCUACCGGCUCCUGCGCGUCGAGAACGAUUCCUCCAGAGAAGUAGGGAAGAAGGAGGCGUGGCCGGAGCUCGUGCGAGUUCCGAGAGGAGCGGCCGAGAGAGAAAAGAAAGACAAGAAGCGCAAGCAGAGAAACAAGUGGAAGAAGAAGGGGAAAAAAGUUCCCCGCUGCCAGGCCAUUCCGAGCCAGCCCUACCUGCGCGUGGAGGUGGCCCGCUCCGGCCGCGACAAGAACUACACCUACUCGGCAGGCGCCCGCAUCAAGGUGACCUGCCUGCACGGGUACGGCCUCAACAUUGGCAACAAGACGGCGAAAUGCGCCAAAGGCAAAUGGAAGCCCAAGAAGCCAGAAUGCGUAACGCUGCCCUGCUCGGUGCCCAAGGUGGCCCAAGGACAGUUCGACUUCAACGGAGAAGCCCUGUCGGAAGGUGCCACCAUCAGCCACGGGGAGGUUGUCAAGUUUUCCUGUCAAGCCGGCUACAAUGUUCUUGGUUCUGAGACCAUGCGCUGCUGGUACGGCGCCUGGGCGGUCACCGGCCAGAACCCCAAGUGCCAACCAGAUCAGUGCGUCCUCCCGAAGUUGGACCACGGAAAGUACACCGCAGGUUACAAGAAGGGCCUCACCGUCAUCCACGGAUCCACGGUCGAGUACAUGUGCGACGAGGGAUGGAUCAUGAGCGCGGAUGAGGUCACCUGUCAGCUGGGCAAGUUGAUGCCCUCGCCCCCCGCC